UCGGUGACGUCGUGAAUGACUGGCACCGGCCGCCGCGUCACGGCAGGAAAAACCCGUUUGGGAACAUUCUUCAAGAAGCUCUUCGACUUGUUCAGCUUGGUUUUGUUCUCGCUCUUUCCUUUCCGUCUGUGCCUGUCCAGCACGAUGGACUACACUUCGCGGGAUCCGGACGUCUCUGCGGACUUCUCGGACCUCAACUCCCGUUUGCGUCCCCGCCUGAGCUCUAGCGAGCAGUUGUACUGUUCCCUCAGCAGAGUCCAGUCCAGACCCGCUCGGCAGCGAUUGACGUUGCGCCGCACCGCCUCACUAUCGGAACCGGAGGACGACGGCCCGGACGCUUCGGACGGCCCCGGCGCCGACUCGCGCAACCUCGCCGGCAUGAGCCUGAUGGACGCGCGCGAGGGGACCGAUUCCGAUUCCGGUCCCGGUGCGCGAUCGACUUCGCAGCAGGGGCGCUCUGAGUCGCCGACCUCGGAGGGGGGCGAGUCCCCCUUCCAGAGAAGCUACAUGAGCCUGCCCGACCUCAUCAACGGCGGCAGGCCGCUCGGCAGGCGCAGGACCCUCGGACACGUCAAUGACACGCUGAACGAGAUCCGUCGGGAGGUGGAGUUGUCGCGCAGGCGCAGCAUCAAGCUCAAGGCGCAAGUGGACAAACUGCAGGAGAGCCGACACGGACCCGGGUGGAGUCGAGACCGAGAGAGGGUGACGGAGGAGAUCUUGUCCAUCUUGAGGCUGAUGCAGCUGAUGCCCGAGCACCAGGGGGGGCGCCCCCCGGACCCGCCGCCCCCCGGAAAAAACUGCCUGGACGCCGCCCUCGCCCAGCUGCAGGACAUCGCCCGCAAGAUGGCCGUCAGCGGCAUCGCCAAAAAGGACGCCAAGUCGCCUCCGGGAGCCAGCGGUUCCGAGGACGGCGCCCUGCUGCAACAGGCGCUGAGGGAUCGAGACGACGCCAUCGAGAAGAAGAAGGCGAUGGAGACGGAGCUCCUGCGCAGCAAGUCGGAGAUGAUGCUGCUCAACAACCAGCUGCUGGAGGCGGCGCAGAAACGCUUGGAGCUCUCUCUGGAGCUCGAGGCCUGGAAGGAGGACAUGCAGCUUCUGCUCCAGCAGCAGCUGCUGCUGCAGCAGCAGGUGGAGCAGGGCCAGAAGAAAACGUCCCGCAUGGGCAUCUUGAGGAGGAACAAGGCGCCUGCACAGCGCCCCGCCAACUUCCCGGUGGCGCCCGGCCCCGCCUCACCCACCUCACCCACGCACAGUCCCACCCAGAACUUCUUCGGCCGUCCUCAGCUAUCGCCCGCCCAGGCGGCGCCCACCUGGAGGGACAAGUGGAAGAGGGGCAACGGGGGGCGGCCCUCGCUGCAGGAUGCGCCCCAGCGCGGGGACGACGGCGGGUUCCAGGUGGUCUCGCUCGACUGACGUCCGACCUUCACGCCCCGCACGCCAGCACACAAAGAGUUGACCACUAAGUUCACCAACCAAUUUAUAUAAUUUGAUUUUAUUACAGGGGGAUAAUAAGCAACACGAACAAUUACCCGUUUACAACAUGAGGAUGACAAAGUUACCUUAUCUCUCUCUCUCUCUCUCUCGAUAUAUAUAUAUAUCUAUAUAUAUAUAUAUAUAUAUAUAUAUAUAUAUAUCUAUAUAUAUAUAUAUCUGUGUUUGCUUUGGUUAUGACUUUAUAAAUAAUGCCAGCCGCAACAUUCACUCACCCCUCAUCUUUACCACAUUAUUAUACAAUAUAUUAUGCUCACAUUGAGAAUAGAUGUGUACAGACACAUAAAUCCAUUGGAACUGAGGGACACAAGCAUGCAUGAAACUCUCCCAUAUUGUGGCAUAACUGGAAGCCUGUCCCUUUAAAUAUAGUUGAACUUGUUUCAAAGAGAAGCCGCUGCACGUCUGCCCCCUUGUGGUCGCUCUUUAAACUGACGUGCAAGCCAGCUGCCAAUCAAAUUAUUGACAGGAGGCACAGAAGAGCUGAUUACAACACGUACUCCACGUCUUCGUCAUCGCCACGGAAACACAUUUCUAAGUUGUAUAAAGUUGCGGUUGCAAGUAAUAAUUUGCUGUGAUCAUCAGCUCAUAAAUACGUCACGACACGUCACAGGAAUCAAGACCUUUGAGAGUUGGGGAAGAACACAAUGACUCAGUGACACGCGCAUCGCGCUCGUCACGGUGUCGAGUGACGACGACAACGAUGUGCGUGUUUGGAUCGGAACGUCAGAGGAUUGUAAGCGGAAGACGCAGCAGCUGCUGUGGCUUCGGUCCUUCAAACAUCUGAGUGACACCACAGCCCUUAACAUAUUUUAGUAUUUCAUAUCGGACAAUAUGUACCUACCGGUAAAAUGCUUGCGUAUGCAGCAAUAUAAUAGUUAUAGAUAUUUCUAUAAAAGUGGCAGUCUCAUAGCACUAUUCAGUGUUCUCCACCAUUAUCACAUACCAUCGUUCACACCCUUCGCUACAUUGCAGAUGUUUAUGUUUUUGAAAUAUUUUCUCAGGAUACUGUACAAAGUCCCAAAUUAGCGCUGCACACCUUCAGUGUAGUACUUAACACAUUGGGCCACAACAUUCCAGGCAGCACUGAGCUCUACGCAGCCCAAUUAACAGCAGGAAAAGGAAUAGCUGAGCGUAAUGCAGUAGCGCGUUUCGUGUUGGAAUAUUGGUUCUUCCCACGUCGCAGGGGGAAUAUAUGCCUGCGAGUAUUGUUGUAUACUCUGCUUGUAUGUGGGUUAAAGUUGGAGGAUUAGCAUGAUAUCUAUGCUCAUUUUCGAAUAUCUUUGCAAACAUCUGCUUUUACAAUGAUCAACAUUUUUACUGACAGAAACAACUGCAUCACAAUCCAUGUUUAUGCGUUAGCUGCCCGUCAAUUUGGAACAAUGUCCUCUUUUUGAAUAAAGUGAUGGAAAGUAAUAAUUUUUUUAAAAUCGGAUUAAUCAAAACAAUAAUCAACAGCAGCAGCCCUAGUUUGAACGAAUUUGUGUUUAAAUAUACAAUGUUUAGCUGUUUUUUUGUUUUAUGCAUCAGUUUUCCGGUAAACUUAAGAGCACCGAACGGCUCAAAGGAAGCACACUUGCCCUCCUAUUCGGAGACCGGUGCACGCCAGAGAGUUUUUGUGUUUUCGUUUCCUCAAAGGGAUGUUAUACAAUACGAGUCUCCCAUUU